AUGACAUUAAGAAAUUAUGCUGCGAUCAGUUCAAAGAUUAUUCCUGAAAAAGAAGAUAGAAGUUUCAUUGAUUUGAAUACCGAGAAACUAUGCACUCAUGUCUGUGUAAAUUAUCUUCUUGAUGGUGGUGAAGAUCCGAAAAUUUUGCCCGAUUCUGAGUAUCCACAGUGGCUUUUUGAACUGAGAUUAGAAGGAAAAAAGCAAUUGGAAGAUUUGGAUCCAGAAGUUGACGGCUGGCUUUAUUGGCGAGAAUAUCGAUUGCGCCAAUUACGUCAAAUUCGUCGCAUAGAAAAGUUAAAGCUAAAGUUUAUCAAUCUGCAAGAAUCACCAACAAUGCGGAAAAGUGGUUAUCGAGGAAAGAAAGCUUCCUUGUAUGAAAUUUGA